AUGAACGGCCACAUGGAGGGGGAUGAAGGCACAGAGCUUGUGGGGAUGGGACUUCGUGUCUCUGUAUCCCAUGUGCAAACUACCUUUUACAUCAUCCUGGUGAUGCUGGGCAUCCUGGGUAAUGCCACUGUGGUUGGGGUGAUUGGUAAGAGUGUAAUAAUGGACCGUGUUGGGGGACGUAACUCGGACAUCAUUAUCAUUAACAUGGCACUGUCUAACCUGCUGGUGUCUGUGAUGAGGAACACACUGCUUGUCAUCUCAGACUUGGGACUCGAGCUGUACUCGUCCAAAGAGUGGUGUAAAUUCCUCAUGGGUGUCUGGGUGUGGCUGCGAUCGGUCAAUGUGUGGUCAACGCUCUUCCUCAGUGCGUUCCACCUCCAGACAUUAAGGCGUGUGGCUCCAACUAUCGGGAGCCUUCACGGAUCCCGGGGCCUUCCCAAGAGCCUAAUGCUGAUUCUGGCCCUCAUCUGGUUACUCAACUUUAUUUACUCCAUUCCUGCUCAUAUCUUUUCCACCUCUGGGGACUCGAACAGCACAGAGACCCUGAUGCUGGUGAGCAGCACAACGCGCCCCCUGCUGGGCUGUGUGUGGAACUUUCCCUACGGCAAAAGUGGCCUGGCCUACGCCACCACAUCUAUGGUGAUCCAUGAAACAAUUCCCAUAAUCCUCAUGGCCUUCACCAACCUGGGCUCCCUUUACACCCUCUACACCCAUAGCAGGAUGCGGAGUUCGGUACCAGAUGCACCUGUCAUAAAACGCGUGCCUGCUGAGAGACGAGCAGCCAAGGUGAUUCUCGCUCUGAUUAUGCUCUUCAUUGCAUCCUGGGGAACCAGCAUUAUCUCUGUCAACUAUUUCAACUACAACCGCGGCUCCUCAGCGGAGUUUCUUCUGGUCAUUGCUCGUUUUGCCAACAUCAUCUUCAUUGCCAUGUCGCCUGGUGUUCUGGCAGUUGGGCACCGGCGGCUGCGUUCAUUCAUCAAGUCUGUGCUCUCUCACUGACAGAGCCUCACACAAUACUGAUCAUCAUAAACUGUUGUUUGCAUCAACUUCAGAAAACCCUUAA